AGAAGGCGUAAUGGGAGGUAUGGAUUAAUUUGUCUCAAUCGAUUUUCUGUGUUCCACUUAUAAAUUUGAAUGAAUAUUUUAUAGCAUAAUCUUUAUAAACUGUGUGUAGAAAAUGGAUUGAUAUAUAUAUAUAAUACUAAAUUCUCAGUAUUAUAAUUAAUAUGGCGUAUAAGUUUAAAAUAUUUGGGUUCAUUCACUUCUAGGUCCGAGUCACUGGGGACAGACAGCUUUCAUGGCUAUUGCCAGUGACGUUUGGCCAGCUUGUUAUCAAGGGAAAAUGCAAUCUCCAAUCAGUAUCUCCACGAAACAUUUACUAUAUGAUCCUAAUUUGGUACCACUGAAAAUUUCAGGUUCAGAUAAGCAAAUUGAUGUGGAGGUUGUGAAUACAGGACAAGAUUUACAGGUGAAAAUCCUCGAUUCAAUAGCAUCAGUUGUAUUCAGUGAAGGACCAUUAGUAUAUAACUAUAAAUUCUUUGGAGCUUUAAUCAAAUUUGGCUCAAGAUCAGACCGUGGUUCGGAUCACCAAAUUGAUGGUAUUGCUUUUCCAGCUGAGCUACAACUGUAUGCAUUCAAUUUUAUUUUAUACCAAAACUUUUCUAACGCACUUUCAAAACCCAAUGGCUUAGCUGUAUUGUCCGUUCUUUUUAAAAUUGGUGAUCAAUCAUCAGCUGAUUUGGAAGCAUUACUAUCUACGGCAGAGCAGGUUCAAUUAAAAGGACAAUCUAAAAGGCUUCAUGGUUUGUUGUUGGAUGCUGUAUUACCAUCUACUAUGCAAUAUAUAACCUACCAAGGCUCUUUACCAUUUCCUGCCUGUUAUGAGACUGCAACAUGGAUUUUGCUUAAUCAACCGAUUGUAAUUACAGAAACUCAGCUAAAAUCUCUUCGUCAACUUCGAAUAGCACCAUUUCGAGGAUCAGGCAGCAUGGCUGACAAUUACCGAACCAUUCAAAAAUUGAAUAAUCGAUCAGUUCGAACAAACAUUGAUUUUAAAAAAAGUCAACCUUAUUGUUCAAUGCAAGCUCAGAGAACUUAUUUUGACUAUUUAUCCGUAACAUAAACAUGGAUGAAAUGUUUUGCAAAGAACCUACCAUACAGAAUACAUAAGAAGCAAAAAGUAGUUGGUCGAAUAUUAAUUUGUUUCGACAAUCCUGUUGCCAAAUGUCAGAUGUCUGCUUUUUUUAGUAGUAAUAAUGUUAAUCUCGGGAACUAGUUGAUAAGCACUCUACAUAAACAUCAACUUUAAAUACACUGGUCAAUCUAAAAUCAUUUAUUUGUAAAAUUAAGUAAACAGCUGUAGUGAACGAGAACUCAGGUGAGGAAGCUGAUUUAUUGUUUGGUGCGAAAAUUCUAGAGUACUUUCAUAGAAUAUGAACUCCAUACAUCAAAUUCAUAAUUUGCACAUCUAUCAGUUGCUUUUUACAUACAUCAUGAUUCUUUCAUUUCUUCUGUUACUACAAUUGCUUUUGGUUUCCAUUUCUGUUUUCAGCACUUAGAUCUUCUCAACCUUCUGCUGGCAUGCAUUUCACAUCCGAUCAGUGCUACAUACCACUUAUAUCUGUUAAGCAGCAUGCACCACAUAGCUAAUGAGAUUUCUUUGUUAUUAGACCAGCUCAUAAUUCCCGGAAGCAGAACAUAUACAUUGUUUCACUAAGCCAUUCUCUAUCUCUUCAUACGUACAUCACAUUCAGAUGUUGACCACCGGGUAUUUAUGCUUUUGGCAAGGUAUACCACCUUCAAACUAGUUAUUUAAGAAGUUACUCAUUACAACUUCUCUGUUUUUCAAUACAGACUAUCAGAGUUAUUCCCUAUUUUUUUCUCUGUAUCCACUCUAUGUAAUGCUUUAUUAAACGGAUUGUGCUAAAAUCUUCGGGAGAUAAUAUUACCGAAACAUUUGAAAUUGUGAAAUAUUUUUAAUAGUUUAUCUCCUGCCUGCAAGACACUUCCAUUUAUUGUUCACUGUGUUUUUAAAAUGUAACCUCUCGUAAGCCACUAGACUGACGGUAUUUUAGACAUACAUUUAAAUAUUUAUAAUUGCACCACUAUCCGUGAAACAGUGAUAAUAUGGUAAACUG